AUUUCGACUCUUCCUCUCAGCAAUCGCACACUCAAUAUUUUGUUGACCAAACGCGACUUCCAGUCUUCACGACACGAUUUUCCUGGUUCCUCAGCGAAGAUGUCUGACUGGGGUGUUGCCGACAUGAAGGCCGCGCUCCCCGAGCAGGCCGCCGAGGCACCCAAGCGCCCGGACAAGCCGGUCGGCGACUGGGGCGAGCCUGUCGCCAACGACUACACCGAGACCGAUACCGAUCGCGUUUGGGGUAGCAACACCGCCGUCUACGAGUGGAACCGCAGUGAUGAGGAUGAGGGCGACGUCGGCCCCGAGUCACCCGAACUUGAGCUCCAGCUUUUUGGUCCGCCUGAGACACGAGCCACUGCGGGUAUCGAUUUCUCAAAGAUCGCGGGAAUCGAAGUCAUUCAGGAGGGUAUUGAGCGUAUUAGCCCCAUCUUCAGCUUCAAGGAGGCUGGUCUUCAUCCAGUCAUGUUGAAGAAUGUUGAGAUGGCCGGCUAUGCGAUUCCCACCCCGAUCCAACGAUACUGUGUUCCAGCUAUCAAGAUGGGAUAUGACAUCAUCGCCGUCGCUCAGACUGGAUCUGGCAAGACUGCGGCCUAUCUCGUCCCCAUCUUGAACCACUUGAUGGGAAAGGUCAAGCAGCUAGCUGCUUGGCGCCCCAGCCCCCUAGCGUUGAACGCAGGAGAAGCCCAGCCGGUGCGAGCUGAACCUUUGGUUCUGGUGAUGUGCCCUACUCGCGAGCUGGCAGUUCAGAUUUUCGAUGAAGCGCGCAAGUUCUGCUACCGCACUAUGCUUCGCCCUUGUGUCGUCUACGGUGGUGGUCCCUUGAGAGACCAGAUUCAGCAGAUCGGUCGAGGCUGUGAUCUUCUCAUCGCCACUCCUGGUCGCUUGAUCGACAUCAUGGGACGUCCCGGUUUGUUGACUCUUCGUCGUCUUAAGUUCAUGGUUAUGGAUGAAGCUGAUGAACUACUCGACACGGAUUGGUCCGAUGAUUUUGAGAGGAUUUUCUCUGGUGGAGAACAGGAGUCAGGCGACGUGAACUACAUGCUUUUCUCGGCUACGUUUCCCGCACCCGUUCGUCGAGUCGCCAAGGAGCACCUCGCUAUCAACCACAUUCGUAUCCGUGUUGGUCGAAUUGGAAGUACUCAUGCCAACAUCAAGCAAGAUGUUGUCUAUGUAAAGCAGGAGCUCAAGCGCGAGGCUCUCCUCGACCUUCUGUAUUCCAUGAAGCCCGGUAGAACUAUCAUUUUCGUCAACAGCAAGCGCAUCGCCGACGAGAUCGAUGACUUCCUGUUCAACAAGAACUUCCCCUGUACAUCCAUGCAUGCGGACCGCACGCAGCGCGAGAGAGAGGAUGCCAUGCGUGCAUUCCGCGCGGGAAAGUCGCCCCUUCUUGUUACUACUGGAGUAUCGGCCCGUGGAAUCGACGUGCGCAACGUGUUGCAUGUCAUCAAUUACGAUCUACCGAGUACAAGUCAUGGUGGCAUCCAGGAGUAUAUCCAUCGUAUUGGUCGCACCGCUCGAAUUGGUUACAGAGGCACGGCCACCUCAUUUUACACCGAGCGAGAUGAGCCCUUGGCUGAGUCACUCACCAAGAUCCUGAUGGAAACCCAACAACCGGUUCCCGAUUUUCUUCAGCAGUACGUCCCCGAAGGUGUCGACCCGAACGACUUUAAGAUCGAGGACGACCACAGCGACGAAGAAGGUGAUGAUGGAUGGGACGACGCACCGAAAGUAGGCGUCAAACAGAGCACGCUCCUAUGGGUCGAUGGAAAGGCCACUGUUCUUGAUGAUCCUGAGACUACUGAGGCUGUUACGCCCAAGGAUGGUCCUGGUAGCCCCGACAAGGCUGAGACUUGGGGUUCUGCUCCGAAGGCGCCUUUGGAGCAAACCAAGCCUGCUGCUGAUUCUUUUGGUUCUGGAGGCAACGCUGGUGGCAUGGACUGGGGUUCCCAAGCUCCUUCCAAUGCCUAUAACCCCGACGAUUUCGCGUGGUAAUGAUUUUUCUCAUUUGCCUGCUCUACUCGCUGAGUUUAGAUGAAUUCGUUAAGAUUUUCCAUCGCGGGUUAUCUGACAACCACAUUUGCAUUGUUUUCUUCGCCUAUAUUCUGAUGGACGCCAAUGGGAGGUGCCAAAAUUAAUCGU